ACCUUCCGCCAUGGGGGUGAACAUGCCGGCACGGACCGUGGUCUUCGACUCCAUCCGCAAACACGACGGGAACAGCUUCCGUGACCUCCUGCCAGGCGAGUACACUCAGAUGUCAGGGGGCGCGCCGCGGGCUGGACGCCACGGGCACCGUCAUCAUCCUCUGCAAGGGCCCGGUGCCCGAGCUGUCCGACCUGCACCGCAUGAUGCUGGGCCGCCCGUCGCCGCUGCAGUCGCGGUUCCGCCUGACGUACCCCAUGAUCCUGCUGCUGCUGCGCGCGCCCGCCCUGCGCCCCCACGACCUCAUGCGCCGCAGCUUCGCCGAGUUCCCGCUGCGCCGCGACGCCACCGCGCAGGCCCGGCGCGUGGCCGCCCUCAGGGAGGCGCUGGCGGCGCUCGGGGACCCCGAGGGGACGCCCGGGGGGGACGCGGGGGACAUGGGGGACCUGCCCCAGUACCACCGGGCCGUGGUGGCGCUGCGCGCCGCCCCGCCACGUGCUGCAGGGGUCCCUGGGGGGGUCCUGACGGGGUCUGGGCUCCGCAGCGGUGCCUGGCCCAGCCGGGGGGGCAGCGGGUGCUGA